GUGAGUCGCCCAAACGCACACGCCCGCCCGACCACUCUGCACACUCGUUGAGUGACGUGGCUGUACCCUUUGCCGGUAUCUAUAUGCGAGGCGAUCAUAUAAACGAAGUGGCCGUGGGUGUAAUCAUUAGUACGCUGGACUUGUAAUCCAGAGGGCUGCCGUUUGAUUUCCUGGCGCGGCAGUUGAAACAAGGCGUGGGUUUCUGAAAUCCCCUCUGCCUCUGUUCACCCAGCAGUGUAAAAUGAGUACCCCGCAAUUGAUAUUGAUGUGCAGGUCCACGUGGUGGGAUACACAAAGCAAAUGCAUAACUACCAGCUUGAAGGGCUCUAUGCAGCUCCCUCUAGUAUGGAUGCCUUUCUGCCAGCAGUGGAGUGAGCAAGGAAUGGAAGGGUUUACACGCUUCACCUUUUUACCGUGAAAACUAUCCGGCUGAUUUAUUAUGAAGUCCUCUCCGCUGCCAAGCUGAAAAGCGAAGAGGACCUGUGCCUACAGAGGCGCAAGUGCAGUGGUAUGUGAUGUGAUCCUUCUCUUUUGCAGAGGAGGACUUACACGUCCCCACUGCAAUGUCACAAGAUGACACCUUGGACUAACAUUGAUUGAAUAAAAUGUCCUGCGGCUCAGAUGAUUUAAAGGAAGAUGCAACCCAAAAACUCAACCAAAAAGCUCUAUUCUUGCAUACAUUAACCCAUUCUCUUGUGUCCCACCAUGUCCGACACCAGUUUGAACGUUUCUUCGUAGAGAAAUUCUUUAAAGUGGAUUGCAGGCACACCAUGAUAGUGGUUGAGUGACAUCACCUUUAAAAUUAGCAUCACUGAAAACAACGUCGGUAAAGUGGCGGUUUAACGCCGCUUUAAUAAGUGCCACUUUACCAUGUACAAAAGUCACUUUUAAUAUAUAUUUUGUAACGAAGCUUUAAAUUUAUGUUGGACAGCAUGGGACACAUGGUCUAUGCCUCUACAAUAUCAGAGCCACUUGUGUUUUGGGUUUUCAAGAAGAUGGAUAUAACAACGCAUUUAUAUAAUUUAAGUUUGAACACAGUUAUUUUUAUACUGUCCAAAAUAUGUCAACUUAUUUGAUUUGCUUUUAAAAAUAAGCAUUUAAAAGUUUAUAUGGAUAAGUAAUGUUGCAUGCCUUGCAUAAAUGUAACUUUUUUUGUUUACAGAUACUGCCUUAAAAUUGUCAAUUAGAAUUAUAAAAUGUUAAAUAAUUGACAGCACUAGUUGGCAUUUUGGAUACUGUUCCGACUAUUACACAUGUAAUACUGUGCCUGCUUCUUGUUCAACAGCCAUUUGUGAAAAUGCUUUUCUGACACAAAGAGCAUGAAAGAUCCAUUACUUUGGAUAAUUUUGUUUUGGUUUGUCGAAAUUGGUGCAUAAAUUCUAAUUUACAAAAUUUGUGAGCACCUCUUUUCACGGUGCUGGGCAGCUUCUACCGUCGUGCGGAGAGGUCUCAUUCGAGAUCGGAUAACUAAAAAGACACGUGGCUGCAAUGUGAAAUGUGAACAGCAGCCAACUCGAGGCUCUGUGUGUUACAGUGGAAGCGGUGAUGUUUGUUUUGAUGCCUGUGACUAAUUUGCAUUUGAACCUAAUUCUUUUCCCCCUUGAAGAUCGAGGUGUCGACGCCAGCCAACGGGACGCAGUGUAAUGAUGUCUCUUCCACUGGAGCACGUAGCGUAGCUUUAGGGUCCUCUCCCCAACGCUGCGCACAAUGCAGCGUUCAGACUAGCCUGGCUAGGGCGCAAAGUGUCGUCGGCAGCGCGUUAGCAGUCAGACGGCCACUCACGCUAGCGUUUCCUUUGCCCUGCGAACAAUGCAGGGCGCUAAACCGUAGCUCCCGCCUCAAUACGUUUACUCCACGUUUUACCGUUUGCCCUUCCUCUGGCGCUGUGCUCAACGCAGCGCCGGUCCCCCGAUCUCCAAUCUCCUUAAAAAAAGCAAAAAAACAAAGCCUGCGCCCCACCUAAUAUCCGUAGUGUGUGGCCGAUUGCCUUCGUGCAGAGCUAGCGUUGUCUUUCUGAGCUCAUGCCCAGCGAAGCACAUCUGCACUCACCCCGGUUCCGCACGCGCUACCACCCGGACGAGAGGGAGAAACGGCGGCGAGACAUCAUCGCUUCGGCGCGCCACCGCGUCGCCGUCUUCUGCAUGCUCAAGCAGCACAAGUGGCUGGACAAUGUCACCCUGGAUCUGGACAAGACCGACCAAAUCGCUCACUUCCUCGAUGCUGCUUCGAUGCUGAUGGAGGGCGGCACGGCGGAGGAUCUGAAGGCCCUGGAAUUGAAGGAGGAGCCGCCGAAGCCGGUCAUUCCGCCGUGGGUGUCCCUGGGGAUCGUGCCGCCGAUGGCUGGCAAACCUGUGACCCCCACUCCUAAAGCGAGCGUGGUGGAGCCCCCCAAAGAAGAGAACGUGGCCCCAGACAUACCAGACAAGGAAGGAGAGCCAGCUGCUGCGGCUGAGACCAAAGAGGAGGCACCGGAUGCUGUGGAGGAAAAAAAAUCCCCGGGAGAAGAUGCCAAGCAGAGUUCCCCACCGGAGGAAACGAGGAGACGUAAGUGUUCCCGAGGGUCUGAAGAGGACGAGGAUGAGGGAAUAGAGGAGGAGGAGGACGGGAUGAGCUCUUCUGAAUCUGAGGCAGAACAAACCGCUCCCCCCAUGAAAGAGGAACCCUCAGACAGCACGCCUCCCGAUGAAGAAAAAUCCAAGGAGGAGAGUGUGGAACCGGAAUCGGAGAAAAGCGUCAAGCAGGAGCGGGAAGAGAGCAAAGAAGAGUGUUCUGAGAAGCCUGAGGAAGUGCCCAAGGAAGAAACAACGAAGGGACCUGAAGAAGAGCCCAUGGAGGAAUCCACGGAGGAAUUGAAAAAAGAAUCCAAUGAUGAACCCAAGGAGAAAUCCAAAGAAGAUCCCAAGGAGGAAUCCAAGGAGGAAUUGAAAGCGGAAUCUAAGGAUGGACUCAAGGAGGAAUCCAAGGAGGAAUUGAAAGCGGAAUCUAAGGAUGGACUCAAGGAGGAAUCCAAGGAGGAAUUGAAAGCGGAAUCUAAGGAUGGACUCAAGGAGGAAUCCAAGGAGGAAUUGAAAGUGGAAUCUAAGGAUGGACUCAAGGAGGAAUCCAAAGAAGAUCCCAAGGAGGAAUUGAAAGAGGAAUCCAAGGGUGAAUCCAAGGAGGAAUCCAAGACCGCGGGGGAGAAGCCUGCAGAAGCGAAGGUGGACUUUGUGCUGAAGAGGACUCCAGAGCAAGGGCUCCUGCCGAGGCCACGGAACUUCCACCGAAACAUGUCCAUCUUCCUGCGGAACAUCGCGCCGUACAUCUCCAAGGCAGAGAUUGUGUCGCUGUGUCGCAGGUUCCCAGGCUUCAUGCGAGUGGCGUUGUCGGAGCCUCAGCCAGAGCGCGGGUUUUAUCGGCGUGGUUGGGUAACGUUCAGCGGUCAUGUCAAUAUACAGGACAUCUGCUGGAACCUGCAAAAUGUGAAGCUGCGGGAGUGCGAGCUGAGCCCCGUGGUGAACCGCGACCUGGCGCGGCGCAUGCGCAUCGUGAGCGGCGUGUCGCUGCACGCGACUGUCGCACGCAACCACCUGCGCCUGGCCCUAAAGCUGGUGCACGCCCUGGACAGGCGCGCCAAGCUGUGGGAGUACACCGAGGGCACGACCAUCCCGGGUACCAGCGACGGCGCUAACCCGCUGUUGGGAGGCCUGUCCAAGUACCUGGAGGAUGGAAAGGUGAACGUGGACGAAGAUGCUGCCAAGAAGGAGCAGGAGGCCGCGGUGGACCAAACCGCACCGGCGCCUGCACCGGCACCUACACCGCUGCCGCCACCACCUCCGAACAAGGAAUUCUUCCUUGAGAAAAACGAGGAUCUGCUCAAGAUGCUGGACCAGCUGCUGUUCUACCUGCGCAUCGUGCACUCGGUGGACUUCUACAACCACACGGAGUACCCGCACGAGGACGAGAUGCCCAACCGCUGCGGCAUGGUGCACGUGCGCGGUCCCCAGCCCUGCAAGCUCAACCCCAAUGAAGUGGCGGAAUUUGAGCGUCAGUUUGAGACCAAGCUGCGGCCGCUCUUCCUCCAGCGGGACACGCUGGAUGACGAGGAAGCCGAGGUCAUGGGUCGCAGGGACCCCGAGCAGGAGGUGGAGAAGUUCAUCUCGGCCAACUGCCAGGAGCAGGCCAAGGACAAGUGGCAUUGUCCCCUGAGCGGGAAGAAGUUCCAGAGCCCCGAGUAUGUGCGGAAGCACAUCAUGAACAAGCAUCUGGACAAGGUGGAGGAGGUGCGCAAGGAGGUGGGCUUCUUCAACAACUUCCUCAUGGACAAGCGGCGGCCGCACCUCAUGGAGCCACGCUUCGCCAUGUGCAACAUGAUGCCCGGAAUCUUCCCGAACCCCCAGGCUCUGAUGCCCAGCUACAACUUCCAGCGUCUUCCCAUGCCUGCGUACGGAGGGUCCCCGUACCCACCACCGCAGCAGCAACAGCAGCAGCAGCCGCCUCCACAGUUUCCCCCUCGCGGGGGCUUCGACCCCUACCGGGGCCAGGGUUCCAGCCACUACAUCAAGAGCAGGAGGGAUUUCCGCCCAAUGAUUCAGUACACGGAUUUGGAUGCCCCCGAAGAAAACGAUUUCUUCUAAAGCUCCUGCGCAUCACGAACGUAAUCGGUUCACUACUACUAUUGCUAACUAUUAACUAAUAGUAUGAACUAUUACUAUAGUAAUAGUUUAUACUCAUAGUAUAGCAUCAGACUAUAACGUAAUCUACUCCUAUUACUAAAUAUUAAUUAUAGUAUUAGUACUGUUACUAUAGUUUAUAGUAUAGUCCAUUGUCUACCACUAUUACUAACUAUUAACUAUAGUACUAGUGAGUACUAUUAACUAUAGUACAAGGUAAGUACUAUUUCUAUAGUCAUAGCAUCACGGCCAUGACGUAAUCCGUUCAUUCCCCAUUGUCCAUUACAGCGUCGUCGGCAGCUUGCCCUGUUGUGUUCGCCGUUUCUGCCGGCCACGUUCUAUUCCAGUCAACCGUUUGUUGCGUGUGUUGAACAUUAAAAAAAUAAGCAAUGCGUUCCUGGGGAGACCCUUGCCGACUGUAGGCGUUUUUUGUUGCUUCGGUUUUAGUUGACUUGAAGGGAAGAGUGGUUCUUGCUUUGCGGGCACACGGAUUGACGUUGUCGAGUGAAGUGGCACACGCGUGUUUUUGUUGUCGUUGCUUGGCCCAUCGUAAGAUGGAAAUGUAAUUGUAAAACAAUGCGUAGAAUACUCAAGGCCGUUAUAUUUUUUUUUGCAGAGCAACGUAAAAAGUAAACAAUUACAACCGCUA